UUGCCUUUCAAAGCUAUGAUCAAGACGCUGGCAAUUUGGGCCAUUAUAAUCCCUAACAUUUGUCGAUUCUGGUUAAUUAGCAACUUAACAGUAUCACUGCCAACACUACUAGACAAUAUGUUUGAUUUAAACUUCAAAAAGAAUGGGUUUCUGAGUGCACUGCCUCUUAUUACUUCAUGGAUCAGUAUGAUUCUGGGAAGUAAAAUAGCUGAUUUCCUCUUGUCCAAGAAGAUUCUCACACUCAUCAGAGUUCGGAAACUCUUCACAUUCGUGGGAAUGUUUUUCCCAUCUUUAUUCACCGUAGCUGUCCCAUAUGUUGACUCCACUACUGCUGUAACCUUUAUGAUACUGGCUAGCUCAACAAGCACCCUGUGCUUCUCUGGAUUCAUCAUUAAUCCCCUAGACUUUGCUCCCAGAUAUGCUAGCUUUAUCAUGGCACUGGGCACUACUUUUAUGUUGUUUUCCGGGCUCGUUUCUCCCUUUGUUACUGGAUACUUCAUCAACCAGGAUAAUGCAACAGGCUGGAAGAAUGUUUUCUUUCUAUCAUCUGCCAUUAAUCUAUUAGGAAUGGUUUUCUACCUCAUCUUUGGCCAGGCAGACAUCCAGGAUUGGGCCAGAGAGCAUAGACUCACCCGCUUCUGAGGGGCCAUGGAAAAUGAACUGAAAAUUAGUUCUACCAAAAACAUCCUGAAGGAUUUUUAGAGUCAUCCUUGACUUCUCAACUGUCAGGCAGUAUAUGCCAAUGUCAAGCUUGUCUUUUUAAUAUCCACAACAUCUCUUAUGUGUGUCUGCCCUUCUCCACUCACUUAGCCACCACCCUAGUUCAAGCCCUCAUCACCUCUUGCUUAAUCUAAUGCAAUGACCUUUUGCAUCUACCUGCCUCAUCUCUUCCCCACUCUGAUGCAUCCUCCCCACAGCUGACAAAAUGAUUUUCCCAAGGCACCAGACUGACUGUAUUACUCCCCUCUAAUCAACAAAUUCCACUAUAUCCCAAUUGCCUCUAGAAUAAAAUAUAAACUACUAUAUUUGAAAUUUAAAGCUCUUCGCAGUGUAGCCCCUUCCUACCUUUGUGGUCUUCUUAUAUUUUACACCUCUCCUCACAUUCUGCAUUCUGGACCUACUGCUUUGCCUUCUCAUUAUUCUGCACAUAUAACAUUCUCCAUGACUGUGCACUCACUGGCAUCCAUACCUGGAAUAUAUUCACUCUACACCUCCGCCUCUUGAAAUCUUAGAUUUUCUUCAAGAUUCAGCUCAAGUGCCAUGCAUCUUUUCCUGGUCCCCACCUCAGCUGCUAGGGGACACCCUAGCAUGCCAAUAAACAUUCCAAUAAACAAAACAAUACCAAUUGACAUACCAAUAAAAUAUUCA